GAAGAGUGAAGCCUCGUGGAGCGACGGUCAUUCUUGUAAAUGGAGCGUCUCCAGAUUGUGGGACUCUUGGUCCUGAUCGCUGCGUCCUCCAGCCUCAACACGACGGACGGGUUCAGGCCUGGCCCUGAGCCCUCCUACCUGAUCCUGGCUCCCAGGUCCCUCAGAUCCGGGAUCCCGGCCUCGGUGUCCGUCACCAUCCUGACCUCCUCAUUGCCGGUUGUCGUUUCUGCUCAGAUUCUUCUCGCUAACAAGACUCUGGCCUCAAACUCUGCUACAGUGGAAGGAGGUUCAACCAAGCUGCUGACGCUGCCGCCUAUCGACGAGAGCGACUCCAUCUACUCGAGCCCCUUCAUCCUGGAGGUCAGAGGUCACACGGGGGGCGUCCAGGUCUUCUCCAACUCCACCAAGCUUCACUUCAGCACCGUCGGCCUCUCCACCAUCAUUCAGACCGACAGACCCAAGUACCAGCCGGGGCAGGUGGUGAGGAUCAGAGCCGUGUCCAUCCGUCCUGACGGGAGGCCGGAGGUCAGCCCGGUGGACGUCAUCGUCAGAGAUCCGAGGGGGAACCUGCUCCGCCAGUGGUUGGAUGUAGACGGCGUCCUCGGGGUCGUGUCCAGAGAGUUUGAGCUUUCUGAAAAUCCUCCUCUGGGUGACUGGACCAUAGUCACCACGGUCAGAGAUGUUUCCAGUGAGAAGAAGUUCACGGUUGCUCAUUACGUUUUGCCAAAGUUUGAGGUGGUGAUAAAAGCUCCGGACGUCAUUUAUUACCAGGACACUGUGGACGGAGUCAUCACGGCAAAGUACAUGUAUGGUAAACCUGUUCGAGGACACAUGAAUAUAACGUACAUUCAUCACUUUCACGGCAUCGACGAAGCUUUUGAUGAAGACAGAGAGAUCGAUGGGACCGAUUUCUUCUCGUUUGACGUUCCCAUCGUUCACAUGAACAUGAGACCUUCCAGGAUGAUCUACUAUGACGGAUCCACACAGUUUCUAAAGAUCGUGGUUCACGUGACCGAACAUCUCACAGGUCUCACCUACAACAGCACGACAAAGGUGAUGCUGACAAGAAACAGAUACAAACUCACCUUUGAAGAUUAUCCCAAAACUCUAAAGCCCUUUUUAAACUUCACUGCCAGGCUGAAAAUUUCUACAUACAACAAUAAACCAUUGUCGCUGGCAGAUCAGCAAAAGAUAGUUGAAGUAUCUGCAGUGCAACGAAAACAAACUCCAUGGGUUUGGAUAAUGGAGGGAAGAGAGAAGCCUGAAAGUACCAACGCCUCAGAUCCAGAGGACAUGGACCCUAAAGGAAUGGAGUUUCCUGUCCCUGUAGACGGGGUGAUACCUCUCAGCAUCGAGAUCAUGAACGAAACAGAAUCGCUCUAUAUUGAUGCGUCUUUCGAGGACAGCUCCAACACUCUGCAGCUUCACAGAAGCUACACAUCCCCCAGUCAGUCUUACCUGCAGAUCCAGAAACCCUCCAGACCUCCAGAGGUUGGUUCAUCCCUCCAUUUGCACAUUGAGAAGAAUUUUGCAACGGCAGCUGUUCACUACAUGGUGAAGUCCAGAGGUCUCCUAGUGGCUGCUGGGACGAGCUCUGAAGAUCUGACUCUGGUUCCAGAAGUCUCCUGGGCUCCUCUGGCCUCCAUCAUCGUUUACUGCGUCAGUCCCAAGGGAGAGGUCAUCAACGAUGUGAUCCAGCUCCCCAUCCGACAAUUUCUGCAUAACCAGGUCUCUCUGAGCUGGAGCGAGUCUAAGAAGAGGCCAGCCGAGCAGGUCAACCUGAGGGUCACGGUGGCCGAGCCCGGGUCCCUGGUCGGGAUUCUGGUGGUGGACAAGGCGACGCGUUGGGCGGGAUCGCACAACGACAUCACAGAGGAGGCGGUGCUGAAGGAGAUUCAACAGUUUGGUGAUUCCGUGGUCGAUGGCGACACCAGCACACUCAGAAUAGGAGAUCCUUACACAGUCUUUAAGACCGUUGAUCUCAUCCCGUUGACGGACGCUGAUCUACAUGUCCAAACCAGGAUUUUGGAGUGGCUACUGUUCCCAGGGGAGGAAAUGUUUGACGUGACCCAGACUCACAAUCUCCCCAUGGAGCAACAACAGGAACCACACGAGCGCACUAACUUUCCAGAGACCUGGAUCUGGAUGGACGUCAACACAAGUGAUUCAACCACGAAGCAGAUUCCACUGACAGUGCCAGAUAGCAUCACGAGCUGGACAGCUACUGCUUUUGUCAUGUCUGAGAAGCUGGGUCUGGGUCUUGUGAAGCAGCCAGCAGAGCUCACAGUCUUCCAGGAUUUCUUCUUGUCCUUGAACCUUCCGGCCUACAUCAUCCGAGGAGAGGUGCUGGUGCUGGAGGUCAUUCUGUUCAACUACCUCCAACAGGACCAGCAGGUCAGGGUGAUUGUGGCAGAAAGUGAGACCUUCGAGUUCGUCUUCCCAGAUGACGAGGUUCUCUCCAUGGCCAGCGUUCGCCAGGUGUACGUGGAGAGUCAGAGCGGCGCCACCGUCCUCGUUCCCAUCAGGCCGCUCACUCUCGGAAAGAUCCCGAUCUCCGUGAAGGCCACAACGGCGUUUGCGUCCGACCUCGUCCGAAGGACCGUCCUCGUCAAGGCUGAAGGGCUGGAGGAGUCCUUCUCCUCCUCCCUGAUCAUGGAGCUUUCUCCUUCAGAGCCAUUUCUGUCCGGGAGCCUCAGCUUCUCCUUUCCCCCGGACGUAGUGGAGGGCAGCGGGAGAGCUUCAGUGACGGCCGUGGGUGACAUCCUGGGUCCGUCCAUCUCUGGUCUGGACUCUCUGAUCCAGAUGCCUCAUGGUUGUGGGGAACAGAACAUGAUCAACUUUGCCCCGAACGUCUACGUCCUCCAGUAUCUGAGCUCCACGGGCCAGAGCAGCCAGGACGUUAGGGACCGAGCCCGAGGCUACAUGCUGAAAGGUUAUGAGCGGGAGCUGACCUUCCAGAGAGAAGACGGAUCCUUCAGCGCCUUCGGAGACCAGGACUCAUCAGGAAGCACCUGGCUCUCCGCCUUCGUGCUGAGGUGUUUCCUGCAGGCGAGGCCGUUCAUCCCCAUCGAGGACCAUGUGCUGAAAAGAGCGGCGUACUGGAUCGGGGCCCAGCAGGGCGCCGACGGGAGGUUCGAGGAGCCGGGCCGGGUCAUCCACACCGAGCUGCAGGGAGGCCUGGACGGGCCCGUGUCCCUCACGGCCUACGUCCUCCUCGCUCUGCUGGGGGACGCCGACAUCAAGGCUCAGUAUGAGAGCAGGGUCUCUGCCGCCCUCAUGUACCUGGAGGGACGUCUGGCUCUGGGCGUCUCCAGUAACUACAGCCUCGGCCUCAUGGCCUACGCUCUGGCUCUGGCCGGGAGCUCCAGCGCUGAGAGGGCGCUGAGCGAUCUGAUUGGACGAGCUGAGAUGAAAGACGGCGUCCCGAUGUGGUCGUCCCUGGGCGGCGGGCUGUCGUCGUCGUGGCAACCCCGCUCUGCAGACAUAGAGAUGGCGUCCUACGUCCUGCUGUCUCUCCACCAGCUGGACCGGGUCUCGGAGGGCGUCGGCCUCAUGAAGUGGCUCAGCCGCCAGAGGAACCACGGAGGAGGGUUUGGAAGCACUCAGGACACGGUUGUAGCUCUUCAGGCUUUGUCCACGUUCGCUGGUCUCGUCGGGACUCGAGACUUUAACAUCAGAGUCAGAGUGAAGAGCGACGCCUCAACCACCGUCGCCACCUUCAGCAUCAACCAGGAGAACCACCUGCUCCAUCAGAGUCAGCAGAUCGAGCCAGAAGACGAGCUGAACCUCCAGGUGACGGCGGAAGGUCAAGGACUCGUCCUGGUUCAGCUGAACGUCUUUUAUAACGUCAGGACUGAGGUGCUGAUGAGGAGGAGGAGGGACGCCGGUGAGCGUGACGCCUUCCACCUGAACGUCAAACUGUUCGACUCUGACCUGGACUCCUGUCACCUGUUCAUCUGCACCAGAUUGUCCCAGGGUCUGGGCCUCAACAUGACCGGCAUGGCCAUCCUGGAGGUGGGUCUGCUGAGCGGCCUGAGUCUGCAGGAGGACGGGGUCCAGACCAACCAGGUGGUGAAGAGGGUGGAGACCCAGCCGGGGAAGGUGGUCCUGUACCUGGACUCUGUGACGACAGAGGAGAUGUGUCUGGAGAUCCCUCUGGUCAUGGAGUACAAGGUCGCCAAAGUCCAGGACGCAACCGCUCUCAUCUACGACUACUACGAACCCCGGAGGAGGACGGCUGCGACGUAUAAUUCGUGGAGGAUGAGCCACACUGAGACCUGCCAGCUCUGUGGGGACGACUGCAGCCUGUGUGGAGGGAAGUACGAGGGAUAUUUUCUGGACGCCGCUCAGCGCUGCAGCCUCCACUUCCUGCUGAGGGCUUUGCCUCCAGCUCUGCUCCUCCUCCUCCUCCUCCUCCCCAUGUGAACACGACUAAACAAACUGGCUCAGCUUCAGGUGUAGAGAUCUGUCAGGUGUGUUGAUCCCAUCUGUAGAGGGUGUAAUUUAGAUGUUCUAUUAUCAUGUGUUUUUUUUUCUUUUGAGAAUUGAUUCAAACCAAAGCAAAGCUCACAAACUCCCAUUUAAGUAUCUAUGGACAUGAACUGAUAUCAUUAAGCUACUGUCGUAAAAUCUUGUCACAACCAUUUU